AUGUCCGAAGCGACGAAGGCUCGCGCGUUGGAAAAGAUGGCUGGCUUCAGGGUGAAGAUCGGGUUCCCGGACGAGUGGAUCGACUACGCCGACCUCGCAAUCGACGCCUCCGCGCCGUACUACGCGAACGUCCUCGCGUGCAAGGCGUUCGAGCACAAGCGAGAGCUGAAGCGCAUGAACGCGCCGGUCGACCGAGAGAUGUGGUUCAUGGCGCCGCAGCAGGUGAACGCGUACUAUCACCCGAUGUUGAACGAGAUCGUGUUCCCCGCGGCGAUUUUGCAGCCGCCGUUUUUCGACGCCGCCGCCGACCCCGCGAUCAACUUUGGCGGCAUCGGCGCGGUGAUCGGGCACGAGAUCACGCACGGGUUCGACGACCAAGGCAGGAAGUUCGACGCGAGCGGGAACAUGAACGACUGGUGGGCGGCGGAGGACGCGGAAGAGUUCGUGACGCGCGCGAGCGUCAUGGUGAAGCAGGCGAACGACGCCGUCGUGCACACGCAGGACGAGGCGUGCGAGGAGAAGUCCAUGCCGUUCUCGCUGACCAAGCCUGGGAUACGAAGCGUCGCGACGAAAGCGUGCGCGUGUCGGAACGUGAACGGCGAGCUGACGCAGGGCGAGAACAUCGCGGACCUCGGCGGGCUGCGAUUGGCGCACCGCGCGUGGAAGACGUACGUCGGCGAGGGCGAGCACCCGUCCGCGGCGCCGGAAAACUUUCCCGAGGACUCCGCGAUGCGGUUCUUCUACUCGUGGGCGACGGUGUGGCGGCAGAACAUAACGCCCGCGCUCGCGGCGAAGUACAUCGCGAUCGAUCCGCACGCGCCGCCGGAGGUUCGCGUCAACGGCACCGUGAGCAACAUGCCGGAGUUCAUCGCCGCGUUCGGCGUGAAAGAGGGCGACGGGCUCUAUCGCGCGGACGACGAGCGCGUGGACAUCUGGUGAUUAGCGAGCGCGAUACGAUGCACGGAUGAAUAUGAUUGUAAUACACGUAAUAGCCAGGGC